AUGGACAUCCUUGAGACAGCUGCCUAUGACAGGCGGCAGAGGAGAAACAUGUCCUGUGCUCUCCUUUUUUCUCUCUCGCCUUUCUUUUUAUCCACAGCUGUGUACUUCUACCUGUGGACUCCUGACUCACCCGCUUCCAUCAUGUCUGCGGGUGUCAAAUCAGCACCAACACUCCUAUUGGCUGCAGCAGUGCUGAGCUGGAAUGGAGGGCAGAGUGUCCUGGGUGUGGUGGGAGGACUGCUCUUCUCUGCUGUUGGUGACUGCUGUCUGGUAUGGCCUGAGCUUUUUCUGCAUGGAAUGGCUGCAUUUGCUGUGGCUCAUUUGCUGUACUCACUCACCUUCCUCUCCAGUCGUUAUGUGGCAUAUUCCUCUUCCUCUUCCUCCUGGAUCCGUUUUCUAUAUCUGAUCCUGUUCAUGGUGGGAGGAGGUGUCUACAUCUACAUAUAUCCAUUCCUGCAGAAGGCACCAAACUCAGACAUAAUGCUUCCAGCUGUGGGGGUCUACAUUGUUUUAAUUUCUCUAAUGGGGGCAUUAGCCAUCAGAACCCGCCAUGUGCCAACACUGUUAGGAAGUUUGUCCUUCAUGGUGUCUGACCUGUCACUGGCUCUGCAGGUUUUCAAGGUGACAGAUCCUAUUGAGCAUGGUAAUGCUAUUGUCAUGGUGACAUAUUAUUUGGCACAGCUACUAAUUGCUGUGGGCGAUGUAAAGGCAGUGGAGAAGGAGGACUUUGCAAAAUGGAAGAGGUCCUAA